UAUAAAAAUUGUGGCGACAUGGAAAGAUUACGUGUAUCGUCUCCGUUGUUUUUUUAAAACUUGUUUGACAAAAACCGAGAAGAAAAUAAAGUAAUCAGUCAAACCAAUAAUUUAUUUCGUGCUGAACUGAUUGAGAAUUGCCACCUUUUAUUCUCGAAAAUACUAAACUGUAAAGUUGGAUUUGCUGUCAUCUUAGAGAAGUGAGGCGUAUGGGCGCAGUCUUCGAGGCGUACAGAUCAUUAGGGUCUUCACUUGCACCAGGGCCAGUAUUUCAACUUCAGAUUUUAUUGGAAUACGAUGGAAGUUCAGAAUGGUAGCAAGGAGGAGGCCGAUGAUGAUAUGUCUGGGGGCGAUCUUGGUUACGGCUUAGGGAGGAAACCUGGUGGAAUUUAUGAAAAGGUCACAAAAACCCCGAUACUGCCCCUUAGCCCAAGUGACAAGUUUGAUGUCUCUUCCCCUGAAAUUCUUCACAGUGCUAAAGAAAAUGGCAACAUCUCCUUUGAGUGGACAUCCUAUAGUACCCUUUACAGCAUGUUCCGCAAAAAACUUUCUCUGGAUAAGAACCCUGGCCACUGGAGGCUCAACAGCACUGAUGCUAUAUUUGAACUUUCCAAUGAGGAACUGAAACAACGACUACAGGAAGUUGCAGAGGAAGCUGAAAAUUUAAGAAGUGAGCUUGAGGUCACUCAGCGACAACUUGAAGGAAAAUAUGAGGCACUAAAGAUCCUACAGAGCCGGGCUGUGUUUGAUAAGGCAACCACUCACACAAAAACUCUGCUUCAGAAGAGUGAGGAACAUAAUAAAGUCUUAGAAAAGGAGGUCAACGCCUUGCAGUGGGAGAUUGCUUUCAAUCAAGUUCAGUUUAAAAACCUUGAGCAGACUUGGAAAGAAAAAUUGGACAGGGUCAGCUGUGAAAAUGAAAUACUGAACAAAAAUCUAGAAGAGAAAGGAAAUGAAGCACGUGACUUGAAGAAAGAAAAUGAAUACCUGAACCAACAAAGACUUGAACUUCUUGCCAUGCUGAAUGUUAGAGAACAGAAAAUAUUUCAGGGUACACUGCCACCUAACAGCAAUGACAUACAUGAUGGAUCAGCUUUGGAGCUGGCAAUAGUAGGAGCAUGUCGCUGUAACCCCAGCGGAGCAGAUCCUUGCCCUUGUUCCAGAACAGCUGCUGCCAGCCGAAAACAAGUCUUACAACUGAAGCAAGAGAUUGAGAGGGAAAAGAAGAUGAAAGAUGAAGCAUACGUUAUGGCAGAUGCAUUUCGAAUUGCUUUUGAGCAGCAAUUGAAGCGACGGACUGAUCAAACAUUGCGCCUGACAGAGAAGGAGACUUUUCUGAGAAAGGAAAGUCUAAAAGUUAAAAAACUUAAAGAAGAAGGGUUUGGAUUAAUCAAAGGACAUAACAAGACAAUGGGACAGUUACUCAGUAUGACGCUUUUGUCAACAACGGACUGCCGAAAAUUGGAGGCACUUGAGGACCCCCUAGAAAUUCUACGGAUUCUUGUUGAUAUGCUCAAUGACAAGGAAGAAGCCUUAGCUCACCAGCGGAAGGUUAGUUAUAUGUUGGCUCGUAAUGCUCAAGAGCUUGAAAAGGAUAUCACACAACUAAGAAGUGUACAUCUGCCAGGGGGUUGUGGUUCUUUGCUGCAUAUUCCCAUAUUACAGCAAAAACAAGAGUCUCCCUCCAAGGAAGCUAAUGCUCAGUAUUUUCCCUAUUUGUCCUCUGACUGCAUAAAGUGUGAUCCAUCUUCUAAUUCUGAAGAAACUGACAUAGCAGUUCCAGAAAAAGAGAAAACAGAUAUAAUUUCAACAACAUCCUCUAUUGCAAAUACAGACAGCAGUCUGCAAACACUUAUAAAAGAGGCAAUCAACACAGAACCGGAAGAACUCCUCAGAAGCAACUCCUCUUAGGUGUUUGCAGGUUUUCACAGAGAUUUUGUCUGGCCACGUGGAUUUACUAAAUGGAUUAAGCAUACAGGAAUGCAUCCAGCAGAAAAUUACGUCACUCUUAUUAUUGUUAAGAUUAUUAUUAUUGUUGUUAUUGGUUUUUCCCCCUCUAGUUACUGGUGUAUUAACUGCGAUGAAUUGUUAAAGACGUAUUCUUAUUCCACAUCUCUCUCGGUAACACUAAGUGUUUAACAUUUUGUUGUACAAAUAGUUUUAUUUUCUGUCCUUGCUCUUUUACCCUUUGUUUAGUUACACUAGCUGAUAUUAAUGUAAAUGUUGCUUCUGUGCUACUUUGACCAAAGUCUGAUUAUUUAUUCAAUAAAUUGACAACGUACA